UUAAUGACAACUUGAAAUAAGAAAAUGUUUGUUUGACGUUCUCGAAAUUUACCGUUGAAACUCAUAUUCGUUUGAAAAUACCGCAAUGGCUGAAGAUGAAAUAGAUCAGGAAUAUGAGGAAGAAGAAGAGGGUGAAAUUUCAGAUGGAGAAGUUGAGAGAAGAAUUGUAGAUUGUCGCAAUAGGGGUAAACCAUGUAACAGACGUAUUGAUGAAUUGGCUUUACCUUCGAAAAGACUGUUAUUGUGUACUUUCAGACAAUAUGGUUAUCUCUUUCCGGAAAAAUGGAUCGAUAGAAUCAGGGAACUUUUAUCUAUACUUUACGCAAUGACACCUGAGGAAACCGAGAAGUAUUUCGAUCAGCUCAGACAGAUGUCCAAGCAAAUGGCACUGCGAAAAAAAAUGAAGGAAAAGUUGAAAAAGCUGGUCGCUAAGAAAAAAGAGAGGGAAAUGAAACUGAAAGCUUAUGUCCUAUUUAAGAAUAUCAUAAAGGUAGGACUCAUGCAUGCAGCAACCCAGGACAUACCUCCACUCGUAUCAGUUAGAAUGAGAAAUUUAUCUGACAUCAUUCUACAACAUCUUGCUGAUCUCAGAGGUGUAGAAGUACCCGAAAGACAAAAUCCAGAUAAACUCGGGACCUUUUUGCUCUCUGCUGCAGACUGGAUAGCUAUUGCUGUUAUCAAUGUGUACUAUCUCGUCCAGUUGAAAAAGAAUGAAGAAUUAGAAGAAAUUGAAGAAAUUGAAAUGGCUAAACUUGAGGAAGAACAAAAAAGGGAAAGAGCUUUCCGACAUGGAAUUAAAACUACUUCAACUCCCAAUCCAUCACUGCAGAAAAUCUAGAAAAAUAUUCCUUAUGUUUUGUAUUUUGUAUGUCUAUAAUAUGUCCUCCAUUAAA